UUUCAGGUCGCAGCAUUUGCUGUACUCAGCAUAGCAUGCGCCAAGAACUCGACAGCGAAAACGAAACCGAAACGACAAUUAGAAAACAUAAGAACACCACAGAAUCUUCAAUACUCCUUAGUACUACCACAUUCAAGAGUUGCGCACUUUCGAUCCCUGUCAAGUAGCCGAAGAAUAUCCAAUGUUCAACCUCGUGGAGGAAAGCUGCCGCCAUACGCGGUGCAAAUGGAGCCAGUCGUGCAAUACUCUCAAAAGGAUCCACUAUAUGAUCCCAAUCAUGAUAAUGUAGAAAGUAAUGGUAACAGAAACGAAAUAUUCGCUCAACCGAAAAUACUUAAUGUCCAAGAUCAAGACCUCGAAAGUUCUUUUGGCCCUCCUUACGGUGCUUUCCCCACUGCUCCCCUUUACAGCGAAGACGCUCAUCCUCACUAUAUCGAUGCCCCGGAGCCUAUUAUUGAAAUCAUCAUAAAAGAGUCCAAUGAAUCAUUACCUGCACCACCUCCUGUUCCAAUUCAAAAGAAGAAAAAGGAACCAGUUCAAGUAUUUUACGUUAAAUACAGCAAGGACCCACAUUCCAAGGAUAAAGUUAUCUAUGAAAAGCCUAUUCCAGCAAUCACGCCUCCAUCCAAUGAUGAAGAACACGAGGAAUACGUCACAGUUACCCCCGAACCUUUGUACAUUCCUGCGCAAACUACCACUUUAAGGGCUAUUAUCAAGCCAGAAUCUGAAACUUAUCACAGCAAUGGUAAUGUUAAGAUUACAUUUGGAAAUGAAAAUCAUCAUUAUGGUAAUAGAAGAGAAGAAGGUUCUCACUACGAAGAUCGGGAAGAGACGGCACCAAGACCAGCAAUCGCUUUACCUAACCAACGGUUAAAUGAGGCACAAUCUGAGCGGUCAGCUUCUCCAAGACCACAAUACAGUGAUCGUGACUUGAAACAAGUAAAUCAGGCUAACCCGAUUAACUAUCAACAUGGACAACAAGCACAAAAUCGUAUUCAAUUCCAACAACCUUUUAUUAGCCAUGAACCUCAAUUACCUCGACAAGGACCGUCUGCUGUUCCGUUCAGAAAUCAAAUACCUCGUCAAAACCCGUUUGGUCCCUCUCCGUCACUUAGACCUGUUUUUUCAAGUGCAUCUCCUAGCCCUAGUAAUCAUUUCACUAACGUCGCGCCUACAAUUCCUGGACCUCUUGGCCCAGUAUUUCCAACAUUCUCAAGGCCCAGUAACCAACCUCCAUUCCAUUCACGUCCCAAUGGUCCAACUUUUGGCAACAGGCAACAUUUUCCACCAAAGCCUAGUUUCCAUUCUGGACCUCAAAGACCAUUCCAUCAAACUCCACAACAACAGAACUACUUCGAUGAAGCUAAAUAUUUACAAGAAAAUUAUCAUACGAUUACAACAGAUCAAGUAGAUCCUCCAAAAAUACAAUUAUUACCUAACAGACAAAUACAAAACUUUAAUGCGAACACAAAACCUAGUCCAAAUCCGUCUCACGUUCACUUUUCAGAUCAUCAAUCUCGACCACAACAACUUAUUCCAUACAAUCAACAAUUACCACAACAGAGACCUCUUCAAGCUUUCGACUCAAAUAAAAACAAACCUUCUUUCACAGUAGCCCCAAGCCGAUCGCCGUUUUUUAACUUGAAACCAUCGCCACCACGCAUUGAAGAAAAUCGUAUUCCAUUCCAACGUCAACCAGCUCCUCAACAGCAUGUCAGUUUCCAUAAUGGUUUACAACCAAGACCUUCAGUACAAAUUACUACUCCGGAAAACAGUCACAAUCAUGGCUCAUUUUCAGGAAUAAUUUCACCGUCACCAUCACCUUCACCUUCUCCGGGCCCUCCCAGUCAUAACCAAUUCCUACCACAACCUUCUCCCACUUUUUACAAUUUCCAUCCACAACCUACUCCGAUCACUCAACAAAGCUUCCACCAACAAAGUUUUUCAUCAGAUAGACCUCAAAAUCAACAAAAUAGCUACCAAUUUACAUCAAAUGCCGAACAUCAACAAAACAUCAAUCAGUUUGUGCCAAACGGUGGGGAAUUAGUAGCUGCUAUCCCCAAAUACGAACAACAUAUAACAGUCAAUGGCCCAGAUGCCCAACCUAAUUUUAAAGACGUGACUGUUUCAAGUCAAUCAGCUCCAACACCUACUAGUGCUACACAACACCAACAAGCAUCCCGAGAUCAAUCGCAGUACUUAGAUGCUGAACAACAACAAGUAAGACUGCAAUUGGCCCAAAACGUAAGAAAACAACAAGAAGAAAUUCAACGCCUACAAAAUCAGUUGCAAUAUGCCCAAGAACAACACCAACAGCAGCAGCAACAACAUCAACAAGAACAACAACAACAGCAGCAGCAACAUCAAUACCAACUGCAGCAGCAACAACAUCAACAAGAACAACAACAACAGCAGCAGCAACAUCAAUACCAACUGCAACAACAACAGCAGCAGCAGCAACAGUAUCAACAGCAACAACAACAGCAAAAUCAAUACCAACAGCAGCAACAGCAACAGCAACAAAAUAAUCAGUACAAUCAAAAUUACCAGCAAUAUCAACAGCAACUUAUAAAUAGCCAAUACGUUCAAGAAAGAUCAAAACAACAGCCUACAUACGUAACAAGUACGCCAUCUCCUUCACCAUACUACCAAUCAACAACAAGAACUGUUGAAAUUAAACCAACUACUCAAACAUAUGUAUCAUCCACUUUAAAUUCAGUAAGUAGUACCCCUGAACCGAUUAAAGAAGAAAAAAAGAAGAGACCUGCAAUCGAAUUACCCGAUGAAGUUCCAGAUGAUUUAAGACAACAAUUACUAUCUUCAGGUAUUUUAGAUAACGCUGACAUAAGUGUUCUUGAUUAUGACAAGGUGGGAGACACUCCUUUGGAGUCAUUGCCACCAGAUCAAUUAGCAAACUUCUUCAGUGCUGGGGGUGGUCAACAAAUUGCUGCUAGUGAAUAUAGACCGAUUGUUGUUAAGCCAAAUGGUGAUAGCAUCGAAUCUAGAAUUGAUGAAAGCGUAGAUGAUGAUGACCAGGAUAUAGCCGCCUCAGAAAAUGUUCCGAGUUACGUUGCUCCACCAUCUGCCCAAAAUAAAGGCGUUGAAAUGAAAGUAGUACAUUUCGAUCCAGAGACGCCAGAGGGUCAAAAAAUUGCAAGCGAUUAUGUAAAAAGAGAUGCCACCCAAGUUGAUCCCGUGGCUUUAAAUGAUAAAAAAUAUAACAGGUAUCUACCCCUCAAAGUUAGCGGCAAUCAAUUUCCUUUACCUGACGUAUUAAAAGGACGAAAAAUUACUUCUGUAGUUGUAUUGGCUCCUGUACAAACAGAGACACUAAAUGCUGAACAUUCUAGAGCAGAACGUGCCACGAGUGACAGUUUAAGAGGAAUUAAAUUCGUUGCUGGUGACAGUUUACACAACUUAUUGAAGAAACCUACAAAAGACAACUUCGAAAAAUGGUUAGAUACUGAAAAGAAGACUGCUACAGAUGAACAAUCCGUUAUUCUUCUUGUGACAGGAUCCGAAGAACCUACAGAGGAAAGAGAAAUUUUCAUGUUUGACGUUUCAUCAGGUACUGUUAAUAAACUUAGCGGUGAACUAUCUAAUGCAUUCGUCGAGGCAGCGGAGAAUAAUUCGUUGAGUAAAGACUAUGAAAAACUUGCCAUUGAGGGAGAAGGCACUCCAGAAAGCUUCAGUAAAGGUGAUGCCGUUGCAGAUGGAUCGGAAAAUGUGCCAUUAUUCGUAGAUUUAUCAGGAGUCAGCCUAGACAGCGAUAAUAACAGAGUAUUAAUUUCAUCAGGAUACAGUAAAACGAAACGAGGUCGAGCUAUCCGAAGACAUUGAUGUACAAACGCCGAAUGGCGAGUUUCUGUAAAUAGUAAAUAGUUUUAGUAUAACUAAAUUAAACAACGUAUGUUGUGUAUUCAGUCGUUAAUUAUUAUUGCGCAAGUGAUGAUCAGGUUGUAAUAUAUGAAAUCUUAUUAAAAAAAUUAAAUAGUA